ACCAUGGUGUCAUGAUAAAAAAAACUUUAAAAGAUAAUCACAUACGGACCAUCUAAACAAAGAUAUGAUUGUUACAGCAAUAUAUUAACGUACACGAAGUAUGGAAGUUACAAAUGCAACCAGGACCAACACAUCGAAAACACGAAGUGAUAAAGCGGUCCAGGGUACCAAUGACAACAGCAUUUUAAGCAAAAGUUCAAGUGCAGCAGCAGGGUAUUUCACCGAUCCAUUUCUGCAGUACUUUGCUGCCAAGAAGGUGCGCAGAGCUCCACUAAUUAACAGAGGAUACUAUAUUCGGAGCUGGAUUAUCGAUCAUGUCUUGAACGAAUUUCUAGUGCGCCACAAAAAUAUUCAGAAACAGAUUAUAUCACUGGGAUGUGGAUUCGAUACUCUCUACUUCAGACUGAAGUCUUCAGGGAAGCUGACAAACACUGUCAUUGCAGAGGUUGACUUUCCAGACUUGAUGAAGAAGAAACACACUCUGAUAAAAAAUAAGCCGGCCUUGAAGGAAUUGUUGGGCGAACCGGAAACACCAGCUAUAAACUCACCACACAUUGAGUUGUGCUGUACCGACUACAAGAUGCUGGGCGUUGAUUUGACUCAACACAACCUGCUCGAGGCGGCACUGAGACUUUCUGGAAUUGAUUUCGAUCUGCCCACCUUGAUUCUGUCAGAGUGUGUGCUCACCUACAUGACCAAGAGAUGUUCCUCUGAAGUGAUCCGAUGGGCAGCAGACACAUUCCAAGAAGAUGCCGUGUUUGUUCUAUACGAACAGAUUCUUCCAAAUGAUUCCUUUGGUUUAUUUAUGCAGAAACACUACAAUGUGAUUGGUGCUCCUCUCAAGUGUAUCAACAGCUUUCCGACUCUGGAAUCUCAGAAAAACAGAGUUGUGUCCCAUGGAUGGUCGUGGUGUGAGGCUUCUGACAUGAAUCAAAUCUAUCACGAACUGAUCCCUACUGCCGAAAGGGAGAGAGUGGAGCGGAUUGAACCGUUUGACGAAUACGAAGAAUGGCACCUGAAAUGUUCUCACUACUUCGUUCUGUGUGCACACUCAAAUCAGAGUCCUGGACUGUUGUUAGGAGAUGUUGAUCCAAUAACUCGUCAGUCAAAUGGAACAAUUCCACAUUGUCCUUCCGUCUCCAUAAUACCGACUCCAGUGUUGCCGACGGAAUGUAAUUCAACUCUGCAGAGGUUCAGUCAUUCCAGUUCACUGGUCUCUGGCAGAUACUUGAUCACGAUUGGUGGAUUUGGAAUGCAGGACGGCAAGCACCAGCGUCUGUCCGAUGUCGCACUCACAGAUGUUGUUUCCAUGACGACACAGGUCUACAAACCCAAAGAAAGCUUUGAAUUUCCCAGAAUGCACCACACAUCAGAUGUUCUUGAAGACGGGACGGUUCUUGUGAUCUUUGGUCGUAACUCGCCUUCCUCUCUGUGCAAGGAGCUUUUGUGUUACACCGUGUCUGUGAACGACGGCGAUCAGUCAAACAAAGCCGUUUUAGGUCACUUGGUUAAUGAUAAAACAAACUCUACAGUUUCUGCCGAUGUGGUUACUGAUAAACCUAGCACUACAGUUUCUGGUGAUACCAUCGAUGAUAAACAUAACACUACAGUUUCUGAUGAUGUGGUUAAUGAUAAACCUAACUCUACAGUUUCUAAUGAUGUGGUUACUGAUCAUAAACCUAGCAUUAUAGUUUCUAGUGAUACCGUCGAUGAUAAACAUAACACUACAGUUUCUGAUGAUGUGGUUAAUGAUAAACAUAACACUACAGUUUCUAGUGAUACCAUCCAUGAUAAACAUAACUCUACAGUUUCUAGUGAUGUGGUUAAUGAUCAUAAACAUAACAUUACAGUUUCUAGUGAUGUGGUUAAUGAUAAACCUAACACUACAGUUUCUAGUGAUGUGGUUAAUGAUAAACCUAACACUACAGUUUCUAGUAAUGUGGUUAAUGAUAAACCUAACACUGCUGUUUCUGGUGUUAUUGUUAAUGAUAAACCUAACACUACAGUUUCUGGUGAUAUCGUCAACGAUAAACCUAACACGACAGUCUUGGAUAAUAUCAUCAAAGAUAAACCUAUGUCUAUAGCUUUUGGUGAUGGUGUUGACAAUGACAAUACAAGCAACAGUGAAGUUCUAUCUACUGUCCACUACGAGUGUCGGGUAGACCGUUCUGAUGAUGUAGAAACGACUGAGAAUGUCAUGCGGUUGGAGUGUAGAUUUGUCAAACAGAUGGGCGAUGUGCCCUGUCCAAGAUGGAGGCAUGCAACAUCUGUGACUAAUAUGGAAGGAAUGGAAUAUGUGUUUUUAUAUGGCGGUCGGACAACGACAGAAGUUGCUCUAGAUGACAGCUAUUUACUAGACACUGAACAGAAGACCUGGAGAAAGAUGUCAUGUACAGGAGACCUCCCCGGGUGUCGGCAGUCUCACACACUGAGCGCCUGGUCUCCAUGGAAACUGGUGCUGGCCGGCGGGCUGAAUGAGGAUCUCAUACCAGUGUCUUCUGUCCACGUGCUUCACCUGGACACUCUCGUCUGGCAGCGAUUAGACACAGUGGGAAUGGAAGUACCAAGAUACUCUCACACAGCACACAUUGUGGAUGACAACUUGAUUCUAGUUGGUGGAGUCAACUGUUCGUCCAGUUCUCCAGGAAUCUCUGUCGUCAACUUGACGUCUGCUGUGAUUCAGCACUUCUUUUUUCCAGUCCCAGACAAAGAUCACAUGUUACUGUGUAACAAGCACACCAGUGUAUUUCAAGAUGGCCACUUGAUCCUGGUUGGAGGUGGAGGAAACUGUUUUUCGUUUGGAACUCUCCUGAACCGUUCACCUGUCAUACUUGAUAUCAGUCAGUGUUUUGUGUCCAGUAGCUGAUGUGCAAAUUUUGAAAUUAGCUCCAUCAUCAAUUAUGUAAUGCAAAAUUUUGCAUAUUCCCUGUAAUUACUGAGGUAAUUUGACCAAUAUUAUGGGAUUUUCUGCUUGUAUUUAUGUUGAUUUCACUUGGUAAUAAUUAAAUUUCUGUUACAUUCAUUGCAAUUUAAUGUCAUAUCACUGGUCAAGCCAUAUCAACACAAAUUUGUUCAUUUCUCGAUGAACGUAAAACUUUGUCAGGGAACAUCACUUUAUAUUGAUACUUUUGUUUUACUGAACGUUAUUCUUUAAGAACCAAAAACAUUAUUCAAAAUAAAAUAUGAACAUUUUAGUGUUAUUAUUAGCAUGUUUUAAAUGUAAUUAUCAGGAGUGUCUGUUAUUCUUUUAAAUUCAUCAGGGUAUGAACAAAGAAAAAAUCAGCAAACUUACAUGUGAAUGGCUUUGCUAAUUCACACAGUUUGCAGACAAUGCUAAGGUACAUGCAAGUACUAGAGAAAAUCAUUUGAUAAAGAACAAAAUGAUAAUGACUGGCUGUAUUUUGCUUUAUAAAUAAACUGACAGUUGUUUUGAAAAACUCACACAACUCUUGAUCGACAUUCCCCACCCCCCACCUCCCUUCUCAUUAAAGGCAUAUUGUCACAGACCACUGACCUAUUUAUUGGCCUAACAAAGUAUUACCUGAACAAAAAUAAUUUGAUUUGUUCCGAAAUGUACUUUA